GGAACUGGAAUCUGAGCCCAGUGGCGUGGGUCCCGGUCUCCAUGGCAGCCGGGAAUUUAUUACGGAGGCCUCCACCCGGCUGGCGGCUGGGACUUUAGACCUGAAGCCGGAAGAAAGGGAACCGAGAUCAUAGGCAGGAAGCAGCCGGGGCCCCGCGAUGGCCAAGUUUCUUUCCCAGGACCAAAUUAAUGAGUACAAGGAGUGCUUCUCGCUGUAUGACAAGCAGCAGCGGGGCAAGAUGAAAGCCGCUGACCUGCUGGUGGCCAUGAGGUGCCUGGGGGCCAGCCCGACGCCCGGGGAGGCGCAGCGGCACCUGCAGACGCACGGGAUAGGCAGAGAUGGCGAGCUGGAGUUCUCCACCUUCCUCACCAUGAUGCACACGCAAAUCAAACAGGAGGACCCCAAGAAGGAGAUCCUCCUGGCCUUGCUGAUGGCCGACAAGGAGAAGAAAGGUUACAUCAUGGCGUCCGAGCUGCGGUCGAAGCUCACAACACUGGGGGAGAAGCUCACGCACAGGGAAGCGCCCCUGAGCCACCCCCGGGGUUCGUUGCAGUGGACGAGCUCUUCAAGGAAGCGGAUAUCGAACCCAACGGCCAGGUGAAGUACGAUGAGUUCAUCCGCAAGAUCACCCUUCCGAUGCAGGACUACUGAGCGCGGGGCCGCGGGGAGCGCAGGGGCCCGCAGACCCCAGCGGAGGCGGCCAGCGCAGCCGGGCAGGGCGGUGCCCAAGUGUGCCAGGGGGCGGCCGGCGACCCUAAUAAAGGACUUCAGCCUCAGGA